AUGGACUUCAACGGGAAUUCGAUUAGCGAUAAUCCAUUCUUGAAGCAUGACGGAGCUUGCAAACGACUAUUCAGACGACGCCCAAUCGUUAUUCGCGAUUCAGACGCCAAACGAACGGAUACUGGUUUCAAAAUGAAAGAUUCUAGCGGUUUCGAGUCGAAUGGCGAUCAAUUGGAUAACAAAAAUUAUUACAAGCCGACAUCAAUCUCACUAUCAUGUCAAAAUUUGAAUCAAGUUUCCGAUUUUGAAUAUGGUCCUGGUAUAGUGGAGAAGCUUCGCGCCAGAUUUGCAAGAUUGUCGGCUGCUCAAAAGGUGGAUAAUCAAACCAGCCAAACAAAAAAUAAUAAGAAGUACUCGUCAUGCGACAAUCUUCUCAGUGAUGAAGAAUCUGGACCGACUCAUCCUUCAAAUCGUACCGAAUUAUCUCGAAAGACUUCUCGCUCUAUUAGCGACAUGAUUAGUAAUACUGAUAGUGAACACGCCAAUGUUCAUAAACAGCAUCCUAUUGAAGAAGAAAAAACUGAGACAACGUCUAUUUCAUCUUUGAGGCAAAGAUUUGAAAAAAAUGGAGCUCUGAUGAGCUCUAUGCGUUUCGCCAGAGAUCCAAUAAAAUUGGUGUCGAAGGCGUAUCCGGAUCAACCGGAUCGUGUCCCACUUGCCACAUCUGCUCAAAUUCUGAAACCGCCAGUUCCUGCGCAUUCCAAUUUUUUAAAUGGUAUCAAAAAGAAUAGCAGCGAAAAUUCAUUCAAUCGUAAUAAGACUUCAAAUGUUCUAAAGAUACUUAAUGAUGCUGAGCCAACCGCCGAGCCAGAGUUCGUGCAAAUUGCGCGCCGUUUGCGUAGAUUUCAACCAGAAAUUCACGAAAAGCCCAUCAUGAAUCAAAGCAAUGUGUCUGAAAAUCAUCAACAAGUACAAAAUAAAAGCAAUGAUGAACUCGAUCAGUCUUUCCCAAAGUGGCACCGUCGUCAACCAGAAGUCACCAAACUAACAUCAAACGCAAAAAUUAUUCGUGAUGCUUGCGACAUUUCAGCAGCUCUACCUACCGAUCCACAUUCCGCUAGGACCACAAAACGGCCAAUUCCAACAAUUAAGAAUGAUAUAACAACAAAACCGACAUUGCAAUCAAGCCCGCCACCAGAGGAGCCAAAACCGACAACGACACUUUUGACAUCAAUCAGACGUGCUCCGGAAAUUCCAAUUGAAAGAAAUUCCAUUGUUAAUAGUGUUUUCAAAUACGAUAACCCACCGUUGAAAAGCGCAUGGAAUUCAAUGGAUAGUGCUAAUAAGGUAGCACUUCCGAGAAGAAAAAUUGAAGACGUGGGUCCAAAAUCAGUUAUAGCUUCCCAAACUUCACCAAUGCCCAAUAUUGUUUCAAUCACAGUCAAGGGUCCGGUAUCAACCAGGACAUUUAAAUAUGACAAAGAGUCGGAGGAUGCAAGUCUGUCUAGCCGAAAAUUACCGACCACCUACUCUCCUUCAUAUUCAUCAGUUUCUUUAUCAACCAAGUACGCUGAAGAAAAAGCGAAAUCGCCGCAGCAACAGAUGAGCAGCAGCUUAAAUGGAUUGCUAUCACCACGUGAGAAACCAUAUGGUGAUGAUGUGACACUUCUCAAAUCGGACGAAUCCGAUGAGAGCUCCUCAUCUGAUGAUGAUAGCCACAAUGGAAAUGGCUUAUAUGAGGUGACACCACUUCGUCCAAAUUCGCUACCGUUUACUCGCCUCGCAAAUGAAGAUGAAAUCGGUGGUGACGGCAAUCUCAUAACACGCAGCUUGAUUUCAUUAGUUGCCGAAGAAGAUCUUCCCGACUUUUUAGUCGCUUUGCAUGAGAAACCUGUCAAUUACACAUUCGUCGAAGAAUCGGAGAAACCCAGCACUUCCAGCAUCCUUCGCGUCAAGGACGCGAAAAAGGAAGAGAAGAGCAAGAAUUCGCCGCGGAUUCGCUUCUGUACUGAGACUCCGAUGGCAUAUGCAUAUCUUGAUGAAUGCACCGCUGUGCGAUCGCUUCAAUGGGACAACGGCGAAAUCGUUGAAUAUUCGUAUUUCAAGGAGCUCGAGGAGCGAGAGGCAAUGCAAAACGACCGGGGAUUUUCGUUUAUCCAGCAAUGGGAGGAGCAGAUAAUUAAAGAAACAGAAUCUACUGGAUUGCAUUCCGAUCCCUCUUUCACCGAGGCUCUCAUAGAAUCGGCAUUGUAA